AUGGAUCCGCCAGACCGCAACGGUUCUGUCGAUGCGACAGAGGACCCGGCGACGAUCCCGCGCUCCGAGUCGCGUCUGAAAAGGCUGUCCGGUGCGACCGCCAACCGCCUGUCCAUCCCGUUCUCUUUGUUCUCAUUCAGAUCACGCACCUCAGAGAGCGAUGGACGCAAGCUCUCAAAGUCUCAGAACGGUAGGGCCAAGAGCUCUCGGCCGAGUGAAUCGACCACUCGGACUUCUACGGCAACUGCGACAACUGCAGCGCAGCCAGAUGAGCAAGAUGCCGUCGGCCAGCUGCCUACGUUGCCAGUCUUGGGAACGGCGCGUGGGGGCUACCUGAGGUCGCUGCUAUCGCUCUUCUCAGAUGGGCAUGACCACGACGGCAUGUCGACACAGACGGCUACGCCUGUGUCAGAAAACACACCGAUGACCGACCUGAGUUCAUGGCCACGAACCUUAGGACUAUACGAGUAUGAUAUUAGCUCACCUGUUGUAUACAGGUUCUCCAAGAACCACCAGCUGUACGUCGGUUGGCCAGAUGUUGUAAACCCACCUCCAGAGACCCUCGUGGAAUUCGAGAAGGAAACUUUGCCGUUACUGGAACAGGACCUGCAAGGAAUUUGCGCACAUCUCAGUCAGCAGGAUAUACGAAUCACUUACGAGCUCCGCAUGUCCGGCCACGCGGAUCCAAGGACUGGCACAGUGACCCUGACACCCACGGUGUGGAUUCUGUACAGGUCUUACACCUUAGCUGGUAAUGUUGUCACCGCAGCCGCGCUGAACCAAGUCGCUCUGGGGCUAGACUACCUCCAGACAGACAUCGAGAUCCACGAGGGCGGCGGACGGAUCGAGGUGAGCAGCGACAGGAAGCUAGUCGACGUCGACCUGGACGACAAAGACAACAUCCAGCUAUCAAACGGAUCCAUCCUCUCAGUGCAUGUCGAGGACUGCCUGCAGAAAGACACAGCCUGCGGCGCGCUGUGCUGCGUGACGGUGCAGGAGGACAAUUCCAAGACGCAGCAGAGCCUCUGCCGGCUGGGCGGGCUGCUCAAGAUCAACGGCAAGUACGUGCUGGGGGUGACGACGGCGCACGCGAUGCUGGACAGCAGCGGCAUCUUCCGGGACUCGUUCGACGACACGGCGGACGCGGACCUGCGCACGCCCAAGGGCAAGGCCGUCGACCGCGACGCCAUCGUGCUCGAGGCCGGCGACGUCGAGAAUUGGCAGGGCGCCACGCGCGACGCCGCCAUCGACUUCCUCGGCAUCUCCAUGAACUCGCGCGGCGACGUCGCCCUCAACCGCGCCCGCCCCCAGAACGCCACCGAUUUCGCCAUGCUGCGACUGAGGAACCUGCCUGGCUCCAUUCGGAACCGUUAUGUGCCACCCGGGUCGGACGAGCCUGUCAACAUCAACUCGACUGUGUCUGCUAGCUCUUCUGCGCUUGAUGAAGGGCCUGUAUAUAUUCUCUGUGGCCCGGGCCGUGUUGCUGAUGCGCAGCUUGUCUGGGGUUCUGUGAAUUUCAUUAUCAGGGGAAGAAACUUUCGCGUGCGCAGGGUGCAGACUUCUCAGCCGCUUGGGCCUGGAGCAUCAGGGUCAUGGGUAGUCAAGGGAGAAGUCCUAUACGGCGUCAUUAUAGCCGUCUACGAAGAUGAGCCGUUCGCCCUGAUGAUGACAGCAGAGAGACUAUUCGAGAGCAUCCUCGGCUCAGCAUUCUCCGUCCGGAGCGUCGAGCUCUGGGACGGCAUCCUGCCCGAAGCCGAGAAGUCCGAGCGAGUAAGCCGCACCCGCUCGUCAACAACAGAGGCCUCUUCUUCGAAAGCCGUCUCAAAGCGCGACUCGAGCACGGUCACGAACGGCACCCAGACGGACUCGUCGCGCCCCUCGACCUUGACGCGGAACUCGACGACGCAGGUGCGCGACUUCCAGCUCAAGGGGGAGGGCCCGGGCGACCCUGCCGAGAUGCUGGGCCUGCACCCCGCGCUCCGCGGCCAGGACGCGCGGGAGAAGCGGGCCGCGAAGCGGGCAUCGAAGAAUAGGGCGAGCAAGCUCUUGCCUCCCACGGCGCAGGUCAGGAGCUAUCUGGACCGGAAGCUGCCGAUACUGGCACGGCGGUCGAGCAAGGGCAAGGACAAGGGCAAAAAGGUUGACCGCGAGACGCCUUCGGAUGCCACGUGA